AUGCCUAAUCUCACUCAUGGCGUCUCCAACAUCGGGCUUCAUGCAAGCAACAAUCCCGGCAACAGCCUAUCCAGCAGCAAUCAAGUUCAUGCUAUCAGCGGAUUGUCCUCGCAAGUGAACCAAAUGACUGUCCUCCUCGGAAAGAUCAAAGAUAUGGUAGACCCAAAAAUGGGCAUCAAGCUCGACGAAUUGCACAACUUCGUAAGCGCAACUCAGCACAAAGCCAUUGAACACGAUGAAAAGUUUGACCAACUUCAUGCGAAGAUGAACGCACUCGAUGCGAAGCUAAGUUUCCUUGAUAGAUCAUGGAAGAAGAGACUAGACACCAUUGACGUUAAGUUGAACUCCCUUAACACGCAGGUGAGCAAGCUUGAGACAGACGCCGCAGAGACCAAAUACGGGAUCCUAGCAAUGCAAGCUAUAGUCCAGAAUGGCACUAUUCGCGACAUGGACUGCUUCAUCAAACAAAUCCCUAUCCAACAAUUCGGCACCGUCAAUGGUCAGAAGACUUCGCGCUGGUACAUCCCGCGCAACUUCCCAAACAACAUGUGGGCCGCCUAUCGCCUCUACCGGGAAGCUCAAGGUGUUUUCGAGGGUCGUAGAUGGGAGGGCGCGAGCCCUGGGAAAACUAUGCUAAACCUCAUUGAAGAAGACCAGGCGAGACAGAAGGCACUCCAGACCAUUACGGAGCUCGUGAAUCUCUACAAUGUCCCUAGUCAGACCAUCCACGACAGUGACUCGGAGUCGACCGUUAUGGAGAUGAACGACAGGACCUUGAAGGUCUUCAUGAAGCGACUCAUGACAGCGUGGGGGGUCAAUUGGCUCAGAGCGCUUCGAUCGGAAGGCUUGCAGUGA